AUGCUGCUGCUGCGGGCAUCGACGCCGUUCGGGUACGCCAAGGUGGACAAGAUGGACGCAGAGGAGGCGCGGCACCUCAGGGCGCAGUACCUCAUCCACAAGGUGCUGGAGGAGAAGAGCCCCAGGCCGUCGGCGCGCGUGCUGGCGUGGACCAGGUCCAGUAUCGGCGUGCGGCUCAAGAAGCUCAGGGUCGCCGUCCGUGGCCUCAGGGCUUGCGCGUGCCGGGCCCUGCAGAGGCACCUCAGGAACCUGAGGCGGCUCGUCGGCCACGGAGCUCAGGGGUCGCCUUCUUGA